AAGAAUCCGCACGGUUCCGUUCGAGAUAAGCCAUAGUUUUGUACUGUAGGUCCCUGUCCGGUGUCCGCCCCGUGCUCGUAACCAUCCGCCGCCGCCGGAGCAGGGCCGUCGAGAUGCUCUCCUUGCGGCCACCGCACACUACCUUCUCGCGGCCACCGCCGCCGCCGAGACGGGGCCGCCUCGAUGGAGCCGGCGCACCGCGGUGUGUUGGCGCGGCGGCACAGGCGGCUGCCCCGGAGACAGCUGCGCUGCCGGCGAGCGUCUCUUUCCCGAUACUGGUGAAUGGCUGCACUGGUAACAUGGGGUUAUCUGUCGCUGAAGCAGCUGCUUCUAGGGGCCUUCACCUAGUUCCUGUUUCAUUCAGUAGUAGAGAGAAGCUUGAUAGAACAAUACAAGUUGGACAAACAGACGUUCGGAUAUAUGGUCCUUCUGCAAGAGAAGAUGUUCUUUCAUCCAUCAUUGAUGAAUUCCCAGAUGUCAUUGUUGUGGACUACACGGCACCUGCUUCAGUAAACUCUAACGCUGAGCUCUAUUGCAAGCUUGGUUUGCCAUUUGUGAUGGGCACAACUGGUGGGAACAAGCAGUUACUCUACACGUCAGUGCAAGAUUCAAGAAACUAUGCACUGAUAUCUCCACAGAUGGGCAAACAGGUGGUUGCAUUUGUUGCUGCAAUGAAAAUCAUGGCCAACCAGUUUCCUGGAGCCUUUUCAAGCUAUCAUUUAGAGGUUCUAGAAUCCCAUCAAGCUGGCAAGCUGGACACAUCUGGUACGGCUAAAGAUGUAAUUGCUUGUUUUGAGAAACUAGGUGUGCCCUAUGACAUGAACCGGAUAGUUAAGAUUAGGGACCCUGAGCAGCAGCUUGAGAUGGUGGGUGUCCCUGAAGAGCACAUUGAAGGGCAUGCAUUCCAUUUGUACCAUCUCACUUCUCCUGAUGACAGUGUUUCAUUUGAGUUCCAGCACAAUGUUUGUGGCCGUUCAAUCUACGCUGAAGGUACUAUUGAUGCUGCAAUAUUUCUGCAUAGGAAGGUACAAUCAAAGGAUUCUAAGAGAAUAUAUAAUAUGGAUGAUGUCUUGCGAGAAGGAUACAUGCGAUAAAGUUAACUAAUUAGCUGUUCAUAAAUAUAUGCAGCACCGUACUGUAUUUUCUUUUGUUGGUCUGUGGGAACUGUUGGGUAUUAGUAGAACUUCUGAUUCAAAAUUAGGCAAACAGAGACUGUGCAAGUUCUUCAAGUUUCCUCGAAAGCGAAGAAGAAUACACGUAUUAGGAAGAAGAAAACAUAUAUACUUGAUAGUUUUUUUUUUAGAAACACCGGUACAAUUUAUAGACGUAUGCAUAUGUUUACACCAUCAUAUGCGUACAUCACAUAACAUCUGCUUAAGAUUGAAGAUGCGAACUUUUGAGAUUGACAAAGUUAUUAUAGAUGUCUUGCAAUGA